ACUGUCUCUGCGACAAAGACUUCAACGGCCGUUGCGCACCUGGAAAACUAGCUAUUCAUCAUGUCUAGUGUCGAGAAGCAAUUUGAUGGAUCUGAAAAGGACAUUCAAUUCGUGAAACAGCGCGGCGAUAUUGAUCCAUAUGAUGAUGAUCCAGAUGUUUUAAGGGCUCGUUUAUCCUGUGGUCACGUCACUGGUCCAUAUACACUGACUGAAUACUGCAGAAUACUGCUGACUGAUGGUAAAGCCGAGCUGAGAUGUCCUUUGUGUAGUGAACAAUGGUCUUACACUGAAGUCCGUACAUUAGCCAAACUUACACCACAAGAACAGCAAUACUUUGAAGAAACACUAGCCAACAACGCUACCAGAAAGAUAGUAGACAUCAAGAAUUGUCCUGGUUGCGACUGGUUGAUUGAGAGAUCAGACUCAUCUAAUCUCAGUGUGCAAUGCACCGUUUGCUCCGCAAAUAAGGGCAAAACCUUUCUGUUCUGCUGGCAGUGUCUGAGAGAGUGGAAAGGUCAUCAGCCUCGAUCUGAUAGAUGUGACAAUGACGGCUGCAGCAACAAAGAUCUGGAUCUACUGAGAGAUUGUGCUACUAUUACUCUACCAUCUGUAAACAACAUUGAAUGUCCAGCGGUUCGUGCUUGUCCAACAUGUGGUUUGCUGAUUAACCACAACACAGAGAAAUGCAAAAAUAUUUUGUGCUCUCGGUGUGAUGUUGAGUUUUGUUUUGUCUGUCUCAAGCUCACACCUGACUGUCUGGCGACAAGUGAUUUCUUUAUUCUGUGCUCAGAUGGUGUAGCUCCACGACAAACUUCAUUUCCAUUUUGGAGAGAUAAACAAUAAAUUACCAACACAGUUGCAGUUCUGUGGUACAAUACUAUUUAGAAAGUAUGUGUAGUAUAAUAAGUAACAGCUGAAGACGCACCUCCUCUGCAAGCAUGUUCCUCAUGUAGGUCACAGUGAAAAGAAGUAUGUGAUAAAUGAAAUAAAUGCAAUGGCGUUAUCAUUGUUUCAAAGUUUUUCAAGCUUUUUUAUUGUUGCUGUUUAGCGAAUUAUGCUGUUCUAAAUGUAACAUUGUAUGGCAAUUAAGAAUAGUAUUGUAUUCAUAAAAAUGCUUGUUCUGCAAUUUAUUUAGACUUACAACAUAAGCAUGAAACCCAUCAAGCACGUACAGUAGUCUCUCUAUAUUUCAUGCUUAUGAAUUGUAGCUUAUUAAAUAUUUGCUUCAUUCAAGAUAAUGUGCAUAAAACGUGCCAUUUAUUAUUAGUUUAUUGUGCAAUGUAAGAAACUUUGAGUCUGAAUAUUAAAGAGAUUUUUGUUAUGAAUGAGUAUGUAUUCCUGACAAAUAAAGAAAACAAU